AUGCCCACGGUCAACUGGUAUGCGUCCAAGGUCGUCGUUGUCGCGUCAGCCUUCCUGCUUGGCAGCUUCUUCGUGCACUGGCUCGCGGACCACAGCCUGAUCUGGCAGGGCACGGAGAUGCCGUCACACGCAGUCGAGACGUCCCUCCGGUAUUACUCGAUGCUGUACCACGCACCACCGUACUAUGGCGCAGUAUUGGCGGGACUCGCGCUCGCGGCACUCGGAGCGACAGUCGUCAAGCUCGUCAUAAACCCCGUCCAGGGCCUCUUGUUCGAGGGCGCGACGUUCGUCCUCCUCUCGUCCGCCAUGGCCGUCUACACCUCGAACGUCCUCGCCGCGCUCCGCUACCUCCCCCUCGACCAGCUCAAACCGGGCAACAGGAUCCCCUCUUCCAUCCUCUCCGCCUCGCCUUUCAACAAUCUCAGCCAGGUCAGGCUCGUCGAGGCGUUGCAGAGUGUUGCGGCGAGCCAUAUGAUUAUUGCGGUCUCCCUCACCGGCGUCCUCGCCCUUCAAGGCGCCCAAGGCUGGGCCGAACGACCCACCUCGGCCGCUCUCCCUAUCAAACCCGCAGCUGGCGUCGUAACCGCCACGCAGACUGCGCCCAUCCCAGUGCAUGGCGAGAAGGUGCCGGAGAAGGGGUUGCAUGAGACGUAG